AAGAGUGUUUAAAAUGUCCAAAUCUUGACUUUUUCUCUAGGAAUUGAUUCUUUUGUGUUGCUCAAACAGGAUCAUUCAACUAAAUUCAGAUUUUUUUAACAACAAAAGAAGAACGAUUUUAUUUCAAACUCCUGUUUUUGUGAACAGGCCUUUUCCACACACAGAUGACAGAUAAUAUGCUCUUGAGUUGUAUUGUAUUCAGCCACAAGUGAAAUGGAAGGAAACUGUCAAAGGAAGUGUUUUUCUGCCGUAUCACUCUGAUGUUAUCGCUCUUCUUCUAAACCUGAGCUUCACAUUGAGAAACCACGAGAGAGAAAACCACUGAGACUCCAACAGCAUGUGCUGCACUCCGACUAUGAGAAGAUGAGCGGCAGGAGAUCUGUGUGCGUCUUGAUCUGUGUCUUCUGCUUCUGCUGUGCUUUGGGAAACAUAAAGCACACUUUCAGCAUUCAAGAGCUGACGGUGACUCGGGAAGAGCUGAAGGAUUGUGGGAAGCAGAAGAAGCUGUGUGUGACGUCUAGCGCGGACUGUCUCUAUACAGCAUCAGACGGAGCUCCUCGAGUUCCCAGAACAUCUGAGAACUUCCUGAACACAUCAUGCCACUAUCUGAUCCAAGAGGAGUCGUUGACCUGCAGAUGGGCUCAGACAAACCACAUCAGAUCACAAACCAUCCGCAGCUUCAUUUUCAGCCGAGCUGAGGACUUCUAUCACUGUCCCUCUAUUUUAAAAAUAUAUUCAACUUUCAAUUUAACCAUCAAGUCAAAGAGUGUCUUCAGCCAGAAAGAGCAGUUCUCUGACGUCUAUCUGCUGGUCAUUCAGGAUAUAAUCCAGGCUCCUCGGCCGCUGAUCUCGUCUGUUAACGUCACUGAUUCGUCAAUCAACGUCACAUGGACCAGCGGGAAAAUACCAGUCACUAAAUGCAAAAUCCGUUACAAACGUCUCAACACGGAGUCAUGGGCCGAGACUGCAGAUUUGCCGUCUUCGGUCGAGUCUCAGUUCGUGAUCGAGGGUUUACAGGCCUUCAGUGAGUAUCAUCUGAGAGUCUCCUGCUCUCACGGAUUCGGCCGAUGGAGCGACUGGAGCAACGAGACUCGAGUGAAGACGUCAGAGAGCUUGCCGACUGCUGCUCUCUCUCUCAGUUAUUAUGUGGAUUCAGAUGAAAACGCCAGGGUUCGGCAGCUGGUGCUUCUCUGGAAGGCUCUGGAUGUCACAGACGCUCGAGGGCUCAUUCAAGGAUAUGAAGUGUCCUACAUGCCCAUCAAACAGCCCUCUCUGAAGAUAACCUUCCACACCGCUCAUCUCAAGGUAGUUGUUCCUGUAAGGUCAGAGGAGUACGAGCUCUCUGUUUGUGCCUUUAACAGCGUGGGAUGCUCACCGCACCGCCGGCUCACGCUCGACGCGUCUCGGACUCACGAUGUGCCGGCGCUGAAGAGUCUCUGGGUUUAUCCUGACGGGCCUUCACUGCGGAUCUGCUGGGAACACGAGUUCACCGCGGUAAACGUCAGCGAGUUCGCCAUCGAAUGGAGCGCCGCGACCGAGCGCGAGCACAGACGCUGGGAACGAGUCACCGGAUCCACCUUUACAGUCUCUCUGCCAGGCAUUGCAGCGCAGCAGAAGUACGUCAUCAGCGUGUUCCCCGUCUACGAGUCUCUCUGCGGGCCGCCGGCCUCCAUCUCUGCGGAUCUACAACACGGCGCUCUGCUGGAUCUGGUCCGGUUCCGUCUGGUGAACGUGACGAGCUCGUCUGUGGCGGUGCAGUGGAUCUGGCAGGAGGCCACGCCCAGCGUUAGCGUGCUUCGGUACCGACUCGUGUUGAACGGGCCGCUUGAGACUCGGACUCUCACAGUCUUUCCUGACAAACAGCAGCACUCGUUCCUCCGGCUCCGUCCGAACACGAGAUACUCGAUCCACAUUCACGGAGAAACCACAUCCGGGGACUUCUCGAAGGCCAGUCUGGACGUCAGCACGCUGCUUCUGGAUUAUGAUGAGAUGCUGAGGUUUGCUGUUCCAGUGCUUCUCCUGCUUCUCGUUUUGGGGAUGUUCUCUGUUUUGACGAGGACCAUGUGCAGGGAAUAUUUCUUCCCCUUCAUCGCCAAUCCGAGGUACAGUCUGAUCGGACGCUGGCUCCUCGAGCCACAUCUUCAGGGCAGCGGCUCGAUCUGCACGCUGAAGCUGGAGCGUGUGUUCCCGCCGGAGAAGAGCAUCAUACAGCUGGAGCACCGCGUGUCUUUGGUAUCCGAUCAUGAAGACGUGCUUCCACUGAAGAUCUGUGCGAGCGCUGAAGAUACGGCUCUCGCUCCCUCCAGUCUGCCGGAGUACGUAGAUUUACCCUUAAUACCCGAGAGCUCAGGCUAUGUUCAGACUGGAUGAAUUGAGCUCAUGCGAGCGUCUCAGAAUGACUCGCCUGCGGUUUCUACAUUCUUAAAAAACUUUUUUUAAAAAUGCAUGUUUUUUAGUAAAGGGAUGAGACUUUGAAAAUGCUUUAAGAGCCUCAAAAUACACUUUUUCUGAUUUGUUACAUGUUUUUUUUUAAGUGAUAUACUGUAACACGUUUUGUGUUCGGGUCGUUUUCGACUCGGGGAAAACCAUUAGGUGUCAAAAAUACUUUUUGUAAAAUUGUCUAUGAAAUUAUAUUGUCAAAACGCUUCUGUAAAAUAUAUUCUCCAGAUGUUAACUGAUGGACUGGAGUGCUGUGGAUUAUUGUGAUGU